AUGGAUUCUACAUGUUAUGAUAUUGGAAUUAAUCGUCUUCAAGAAGUCUAUUUACAAGAAAUUGGAAAAACUAUACUACAAAAGGAUGCCGACUGGCAACUGCGUGUAAAGACAUGGUUCGAUCAGCCAGGACGAAAGAAACACAGAAGAAUAAAUCGUAUCCGUAAGGCUGCUCGAAUUGCGCCACGACCCAUUGAACUUUUGAGACCGGCGGUUCGGUGUCCUACCAUAAAGUAUAACACAAAGUUACGGGCAGGACGUGGUUUCACUCUUGAUGAACUUAAGGAAGCAGGUAUCCGUCGUAAAGAAGCACUUGGUAUCGGGAUUCCAGUCGAUCAUCGUCGCAAAAACCGAUCUUUCGAGUCUCUUCAACUUAAUGUGGCACGUUUGAAGGCAUACAAGAGCAAAUUGAUCAUAUUCCCAAGAAAAAUCGGCAAACCAAAGAAAAGUGAUUCCAAUACUGCUGAACUUAAAGAUGCCACUCAACUCAAAGGAUUCGUCUUGCCAAUUCAACAAACCUGGGUUCCAGAACAACCACGUGCAAUCACUCAAGAAGAAAAAGACUUUAACGCGUAUGCUACUCUUCGUAAAGCAAGAUCUGAUGCUCGUUAUGUUGGAGUACGCGAGGCACGUGCUAAAGCAAAAGCUGAAGAGGAAGCGAACAAGAAAAAAUAA